AUGUCGUCGGCGUCGCGGAGCGGGAGGAGGCGGACCGGGAGCGUGGCGCUCGGGGACCUUCUGCGGCGGGAGGCGUCGGCGGAGCGGGCUGCGCUGGGAGGCGGCGACGGCGAGCGGGAUUGGCGGCCCUCGGUCGCGGCGGGGCAGGCCUGCCGGGCGAAGAAGGGCGAGGACUUCGCGCUGCUCAAGCCCGCCUGCGAGCGGCGCCCCGGCGCACCGUCCACCUCCUUCUCCGCCUUCGCCCUGUUCGAUGGGCACAACGGGAGCGCCGCCGCGGUGUACGCCAAGGAGCACCUCCUCGGCAACGUGCUCGGCUGCGUCCCGACCGAUCUGACCAGGGACGAGUGGCUCGCCGCGCUCCCAAGGGCGCUCGUCGCGGGGUUCGUCAAGACCGACAAGGAUUUCCAAACGAAAGCUCAUUCUUCUGGGACAACCGUGACGCUUGCGAUAAUUGAUGGCUCCGUUGUAACUGUUGCGUCCGUUGGUGAUUCACGUUGUGUCCUCGAAGCUGAGGGAUCCAUCUACUAUUUGUCGGCCGACCAUCGCUUUGACGCUAAUGAAGAGGAGGUUGGACGUGUAACCGAAUGCGGAGGUGAAGUUGGAAGGCUAAAUGUCGUUGGUGGUGCUGAGAUUGGUCCCCUUAGAUGUUGGCCAGGUGGUCUAUGCCUCUCAAGGUCGAUUGGUGAUCAGGACGUAGGUGAAUUUAUCAUUCCGGUUCCUUAUGUGAAGCAAAUUAAGCUGUCUAAUGCUGGAGGCCGUCUUAUUAUUUCAAGUGACGGUGUUUGGGAUGCAUUGACUGCGGAAGUGGCUUUUAGAUGUGCACGAGGGCUUCCUCCUGAGGCUGCAGCUGAGCAAAUUGUUAAAGAAGCAGUUGAUUCAAAAGGAUUGAGAGAUGAUACAACUUGCAUUGUCAUUGACGUAAUACCACCAGAGAAACCAAAAUGCACUAUAGAAUCUCCAAAAACGCCAGGAAAAGGCCUUGUACUUCUAAAAAAAUUCUUUUUAAGGAAAACAUUAUCUGACUCGUUGUCUCUCGCUGAUAAGGAUAAUUAUCCUGAGCCAGAUUUAGUGGAGGAGGUCUUUGAGGACGGAUGUCCGUCCCUUUCAAGGAGGCUUAAUUCUGAAUAUCCUGUCCGAGAUAUGUUCAAACUUUUUGCAUGUGCAAUUUGUCAAAUUGACUUGGAAUCUGGUCAAGGCAUAUCCAUACACGAGGGUUUGUCAAAGCCAGGAAAGCUGCGUCCCUGGGAUGGCCCUUUCCUUUGUCACAGUUGCCAGGAAAAGAAAGAGGCGAUGGAGGGGAAGCGUCACUCACGAGAUUCCUCAUCAAGAAAUAGCGGGUCAAGUGAAUAG